GACUCCUGCGCCUCUCUCUUUCCCAGGUCUCAUCCGCCAUGGAGUUGGCCCGCCCCUCCGCCAGCUUCCAGUCCGACUUAGAUUUCUGCCCAGAUUGUGGCUCGGUCCUGCCGCUGCCGGGAACUCAGGAUACUGUCAUCUGCCCUCGCUGUCGCUUCUCCAUCGACGUGCGAGAUUUCGAAGGGAAGGUUGUGAAGACCUCAGUUGUGUUCCACAAACUGGGGGCAGCCAUACCUACGUCUGUGGACGAAGGAUCUGAAUCCCAGGGACCAGUGAUUGACAGGCGCUGCUCUCGAUGCGGUCAUGAGGGAAUGGCUUACCACACCAGACAGAUGCGCUCAGCCGAUGAAGGGCAGACUGUCUUCUAUACCUGCAUCAACUGCAAGUGAGACCCGGCCCCAACUCCCUCCCCGCUGCCCUUUUCCAGUGUUUGCGAACAACAAAAUCAGCGUCAGAUUUGUAUUAAGUAUUUCAUUUGAUCCAGUCCAUAAUAGGAAGCUUUCUAACCCUCUUUAUUAUUUACUUUGUGUUUUUCAAGACAGGGUCUCACUAUAUAACCAGGCUAGGCUUGAACUCUCAGCCACACAGCCCUGGUUGAGCUCAAACCUUAAGCAGUUUUCCUACCUUUGUUUCCUGAAUGCUGAGCUUCCAGCGUGUGGCACUCCACCUGGCUUGGUUUUGUUGCUGUUUUUUAAAGAUGUAUUUAUUUGUUUAUUAUUUAUUCAUUAUGUAUACAGUGCUCUGCCUGCAUGUACACCUGCAUGCAAGAAGAGGGCACCAGAUCUUAUUAUAGAUGGUUGUGAGCCACCAUGUGGUUGCUAGGAAUUGAACUCAGGACCUUUGAAAGAACAGACAAUACUCUUAACCUCUGAGCCAUCUCUCCAGCCUUACACCUGACUUCUUAAAAAGACUUUAUAUCUUAAAUUAUGUGUAGGCAUUUGUAUCUGCAUAUUUGAGUGCAGGUGCCCACCAAGGCCAGGGACACUGGAU